GAAGGACUUUACAGUGGAUCAGUCCGCUGUCCUUACGUCUCUGAUUCUAGCUUCGGUAAGAUCCUAUCUCCUUCCCUCCAAGAAUUUUGAAGAAUGAGCAUUUGCUGACAUACGAGGCAGCUCGUCGGCAUCGAAAUUUUCAUCCUCCUCUUCCGUACCUCCAUGGUCUCCGCCUGGACCGCACUCUUCCGGCGUGCCUUUAACUUUCUCCGCACAAAAGGCCGCCCAUCCUCGCCAGAGCUCACAUCACUCGAACACCCCGAGAGAUAUCUUCCUCCCUCGCCCAGCAAACGCUUGCCCUUCUCGGCUUUCAGCGCAGACACGCCGAACACGGAAGCCAGCUCUAUCAGCAUGCAAACGACUGGUCCUAUUACCGAGAUGCAGACUUUGAGCCAGAGACCGGGCUUUGAGAGGGUAAAGAGUGAGAUAGGGCUGUUACAAGCCCCGGGGCCGCAGAGAGUUCAAUCCUUCUUCGAGAACAACAGCUCAGCUUCGAGCUCCCGGGUAGAGAUGCCGACCAUACCUAUCCAUCCCCCAUCAACUCCCGAAUCACUGGCCAACGAUCUUUCCCCACCGCGUCGCUACUCUGAGUCUCAGAUCCAGCCCCCAGACAUGUCUCGUUCAUAUACACCAAUGCGGGAUGCGCCGACUCCACCACCACGUAGCUUGUCCGCUGCUUCCAGAGUCCCGCCUUCGCCUAUACUAACGACUUCUACGGUGAAGAGAAGCUCGACGCUGUCGGGUCUCUCGAUCCAGAAGACGAAUUCGAGCAAAUUGAGAGGGAGGAUCUCGACGCCGAUUCCGGGGACGUUCGUACACGUUAAUGGGGCGUGGAUGGAUGGGCGGAAGAGGGAAGGAGGCCCGCUGGGCCUCAAUCCGAUUUCGCCGGUGGAACGAGAAGAUUGUAAUAUGGAGAGAGACGAACAAGCUUAGAGUCACCCAGCUCGCUCAGGUGGACAUGAGAUGGCCUGAGGGGCCAUGAUACGUGCGUUGACUGAGCGACUGUAGACGUUGCAUUUGGUUGGAAAAUAGAACUUACAUAGACGUCAAUCACAAGAGAACUGGUGGGACAUGAAUGCCUUGAGAAGUGAUCCAGCUGGUGACUAUACUUUGCCUAUCGACCUAG